GGCGUCCUUGCGAUGAACGAGGGCUAAAUCGCGGCACUUCACACCCUCCGUGUAAUCAGAUCAUGGACACAUCGACUGACACAAUGAAGAAAUGAAUGUGCAAAGUAGCCGAUGGACAUGUUAGCACCUCAUUUCGAUCAGACGCAAAGAUUACUGGACAUCUGAAGCAGACUCUGAAGCCUGCAGCUUUUUCACAGAGUCAGUUAAGAGUUACUCCAAAUCUUGAAGUUUGGAGAAGAUCUAGGCUAUACAAAAUGCCUCGUUCAUUUCUUGUCAAGAAGUAUUUCUCCAACAAGAAGCCAAACUACAGUGAACUAGAGAGUCAAACUGACCAACGCUAUGCUGUCGUCCCUCUACAUGACUUCCACACCAUGGAAGUGAGUUCUGGGGUGCCCAUGCUCGUGUGGGCCAGCAGUGUGUUCUCCCCGGCCUUGCCCAGCCCCCCGUCUCCUCCCGGGCCUCUGGACCUGAGCUCACCGUCCAGCAGCUCCAGCUCCAGCAGUGGAGAGGAGGACGACUGCCGGACCUCCGACCCACCCAGCCCGGACCCUGGUCUGUCCCGCCACCAGCUCACGCACUGCACCCCCGGCCCGCAGACCACAGGAGCCGCCAGCACCGCCACCAGAGCCGCCUUUCACUGCAAGCACUGUCCGAAAGAGUACACCAGUCUGGGUGCGCUGAAGAUGCACAUCCGCUCACACACACUCCCCUGUGUGUGUGGCACGUGUGGCAAGGCCUUCUCCAGACCCUGGCUGCUGCGGGGACACAUUCGCACACACACCGGCGAGCGCCCCUUCUCGUGCCCCCACUGUAACCGCGCCUUUGCGGACCGCUCGAACCUGCGGGCUCACCUGCAGACCCACUCCGAAGUGAAGAAGUACCAGUGCGGGACGUGCUCCCGAACCUUCAGCCGAAUGUCCCUCCUGCACAAACACACUCUCUCCGGCUGCUGCCCGUCUGCAUAGAGGAGGAGACGGCUGAGUCCCAUCUCUCGGCGCUGGGACGGGACGGGUUUAAGCCAGAAGUCAAUGUCUGGACUGGUAUUUAUUGUCGUAGAUCCAUGAAUGUGGUGUCAAAUCGACCCGGUCAUUUAGCAGAGGUGUGCUAUGACUUUUCUAAGCGAUCGGUUGUACGAUGUUCAU